AUGCAGAAGCUUGUGGGCUGCGUGACUUCGCUGGGGCGCUUCAUCUCCAGGCUGGGGGAGCGCGCGUUGUCAUUCUUCAAGCUGAUGCAGAAGAAGGGUUCGUUCGAGUGGACCCCCGAGGCUGACCUGGCAUUUCAAGACCUCAAGAUAUACUUGACAAGCCCACCGGUGAUGGUGGCACCCCGUCCUCUCGAGCCCUUGCUACUCUACCUGUCUGCCACACCCUACUCCGCCAGCGCGGUGCUGGUGGCCCUCAGAGAAGAGCGCCAGGUCAAGGGCCCGCUAAGUGGAGCCGCCAAGCCGGAUGAGGCAGCACAACACCGAGGCGAUGCUCCUGAGACAGCGGCUGCCCCAGCAAGUCAUCAAGCCCCUGAAGCUGGAGAUCCAUAG